AUGGAGCCAAGCUGGAAUCCAGCAAUGGAGGCACAGGCUAUUGAUUGUCUUUACCGGCUGGGACAGGUGAAACCGGUGAAUGUAUAUAGGUACUACGUACAUGGAACACUGGAGACAAAUAUCUAUCAGAUACAGAGACGUAAAGGAGAACUGGCAAUGUCAAGUGUUCCGUCAGGCGGUGAUGAAGAAUACAAGUCUGCUCAGUUGAUCAUGAGUAGCCUAGCAAGAUGA